AUGCCUACUGUCGCUGGUAAGCCGGUUGGCCCUGUUGGUUUCGGGCUAAUGGGGUUCACAUGGACACCAACCCCGACCCCAUACGAGGAAGCAUUUGAGGUUAUGAAAAGCGCUCUUGGUGCGGGUGCCAAUCUAUGGAAUGGCGGGGAGCUCUACGGCACGCCAGACGCAAACAGCCUUCAUUUACUCAAGGCCUACUUCACCAAGUAUCCCGAAGACGCUGAUAAGGUCGUGCUCAGCAUUAAAGGCUGCGUGGGCCCUAAUGGGUGCGACUCGAGUCCUGCAGGUGUGAGGCGCAGUGUGGAAAACUGCGUGCGGAUCUUGGAUGGGACGAAGGGGAUUGAUAUCUUUGAAGCAGCGAGGAUCGACAAGAAAGUACCCAUCGAAGAGACAAUGCGCACAUUCUGCGAGCUCAAGGAUGAAGGAAAGAUUGGCGGAAUCGGAUUAAGCGAAGUGAGCGCGGCGACUAUCAGACGGGCUGCUGCCGUGGCUCCUAUUGCAGCGGUCGAGGUUGAGUUGAGUCUAUGGUGCACAGAUCCCAUGGAGAAUGGGAUUCUAUCAGCAUGCACAGAAUUUGGAAUUCCCCUUGUGGCAUACUCUCCGCUUGGCCGGGGGUUCCUGACGGGCCAAAUCAGGACCGCGGACGAUCUUCCGGAAGGCGACAUGCGUCGGCAAUAUCCGCGCUUCCAACCUGGUGCAUUCGAAAUCAACCUGCGCCUUGUGGACGCUUUGCGGCAAGUCAGCCAAAGGAAAAAGGUGGCAUUGUCCCAAGUGGCGAUUGCAUGGGCGAUUGCCCAGGCGAACGAAUCCAAGGGGUCAAGUAUUAUCCCAAUCCCAGGUUCACGGAGCAAGGGGCGCGCGGUUGAAAACUCGACUGUGAUAGAGUUGAAGGAGGAGGAGCUACAAGAAAUCCAGGCGAUUCUGAGCAAGUUCAACGUGCAAGGAGAACGAUACCCUAGUCAUCUCAUGCAACUGAGCGACGUGUGA